UUUAGCACCGUUUGUUUUUAGAGUUUUGGACCUGCGGGGACAAUAGGGUGCAUGUACAGUGAAGACUUUGGUUGUCCGAGGUCUCCAGUACAAAGGCAUGGCGAUGGAUACAGUACACAUUUAAUUAAAUUGUUAUGGGUUUUGACCAACGAAGAGGUCAUAUUCUCAAAAAAAUAAAGAAUUGUGUCACUUUCAUCUUUUAUUUAAUCUAGUAUGCCAGUGAUAGCGUGAUUUAUGGUGACAAAUCAAAAUACAAAUCCCAGAAAUGUUCAAAUGUUUUUUUAAGCCCAUUACAUAACUUAAUUUGGAUAAAAGCCUCUGUUUAGACUAACAUAAAAAUGCAUUUUUCACACUUUCUUGUGGUCCUGUAUCUGUGGUUUUUAUAAUAGCAGUUAAAUGGGUUCAAUGAGGCUAAACGUUGAGUAACGUCACAUUAACACUGUUAUAUUAACCCAGAUCAGACUGAAUACUGACUAAAACAUUCACUCUGUGUCUGUCUGUCUGAAGACUCUGAAGUUUAUGAUUUGAAGUUGUUUUUAUUAAAUACUUUCUCAAGGUCACUCAUGGGGUUGAAAACGAUCUUGAUUUUAAUGAUGGUUGUGCAUACAUGCACUGGAGAGAGCGUGAACGGCACUGCACAUCUGUAUAACAUCACUGAUCUGAGUGCAGUAAAAUACAACGAGACUGAAUCACCCGCGGGGGAGAUAACAAUCUCAGACGAUGCUGUGCAAUUCCUCAAAGGCCUGCUACUCACACGUGCCAUGCCCUCUUUCUACAUCUUCCUCUUAGUUAGUUUGCCCCUAAAUGCAUUGGCCCUGGUGACGUUCACCUGUAAGAUUAAAGAAAAGAAACCGGCUGUGAUCUACAUGUCAAACCUGGCGUGUGUGGAUCUGCUCUUCACCCUGCUGCUUCCUCUGAAGAUCCACUACCAACUGAACGGAUCUGAUUGGGUGUUUGGUGAGGUGGCGUGUCGCGUGGUAACCGUUGCUUUCCAAUGCUACAUGUACUGCUCCAUACUGCUGAUGAUGUGCAUAAGUGUGGACAGACUGCUGGCUGUCGUUUUCCCCAUGGCCUCUCUGACCUGGCGGACAACGCGGGGUUCUGCUUACGUUUGUGUGUUGGUCUGGUUGCUGGCAAUUGCUGGCACGGUCCCCCUUCUCUCCAUUAGACAGACAUAUAAGAUUAAGAAAGUGGGCAUCACCUGCCAUGAUGUUACUCCCAAUAAAGAACCUGCACAGCAGCAGAAUGCACACCUGUUCUCCGUUCUAUCCUCUCUUUACUUCUUCCUGCCGCUGGUCAUCACUUUGGCGUGUUACUCUGCUAUUAUACAUGCACUCAGUGCCAAAUCUGAUCAAAUUGCAACUUUAUCAGUAAUCUCAGAGAAACGAAGGAGAGCCGUGAUUAUGACAAUCGCUGUGCUGAUAGAGUUUGUGGUUUGCUUUGCACCAACCAAUGCAAUCCUGUUGUACCACUGUAUUCUUCUGGCCACAGGACACGGCAGCGGGGAGGGAAACGCAUCAUAUAUGGCUUACCUGUUGACUCUGUGUGUGGGGAGCUCAAGUGUUUUUCUGGAUCCUCUGCUGUAUUACUAUGGGUCGUCUCAGUGCAGACAGCAGAUCAGAUCUGUGUUUUGGUGGAAGAAAACAAAAGGCGUACCCACGUUUUCAGUCACUUACACAUAAUCUCAUCUCUAAUCCCAUGGUUGAAAGUUUGGAGUGCUUCUGAAGUGCUGAAGAAUCAGAAACGACAACCUGUCAUUGUUGUAAAGAUACAAUAUAUUGCAUGUCUAUACAUACUGCUAUACUAUACUAGUUAAAAAUAAAAACUAUUUAUAAUUUAAAAGGAUAGUUCACCCAAAAAUUAAAAUUCUGUUAUCCGGUAGUGGUACUCACCCUGAUGUUGUUCAAAACCUGUAUGUUUUUUUAUUCUUUUCAACACAGAUGCUCAGAGAGUAGAAGUGUUUCGUUUAUAGCAAAUAUUACACCUCCACUUAUGCAAUAAAGA